AUGGUUUCCAUAGCCGAGGUGCUUCUGUCAGCGUUGUUCUCACUGCUAAUAGUGAUCGACAUCGUUGGCAAUGUGUUUGUUUGCUUGGUUGUUUAUCGAUCCAAGCAAAUGAGGAAACCCAUGAAUUACCUCUUGGUGAAUCUUGCUGCAGCAGAUGUUGUGAUUGGUGUAUUUAUGUUACCUAGGCAUGUGUUCCAUCAUGCUUUUAAGCACCCAACGGGUUAGUGAUGAAAAUUUUUAAAAGGAAUUUUAAGCGUAAGAUACAAAUGAUGAUAGAUCGAGGAUGUUAUGUAGAACAAGCUACUUUCACCUACCUGCUCCCGGAGAAACUCCCCCCGGAAACAAACUGAGGCCCAUCGUCUGUCCUCAACGAAUACGGAACACCAAACUGAGCAAACAUAGGGCUGACAGCUUCAAUUAUCUACGCACUUGUUGUGGACUUCAGAACAGUAGGUCCAAGAGUCUCGCUCUUAAAGUUCCGCGCGGCUCGCCAAUAUCAAUUUUUUUUCUUUUUUUUUGUUGCUGACUCACGCGACGGACUUCUCCGAACGGAGGGACUCUUAGUGCGCAGCGUUAUAAGAUAACUAAUUUGAUUGUAACGUUUCUCUUUUCUCAAUCAUAGGUACAUUCGGGAACUACUUAUGCAAGUUCAUCACUGGUGGUGUGUUCAUCUGGCUGAGCGCUGCAGCGGCUGGGAUCUUACUUAUCGCCAUAGCGACGGCGCGCUAUUUCGCCAUAGUGCAUCCUUUUAGGACUAAGUUCCGGUUAGACAAGAAACGCGUUCUUUGGAUAAUGGCGUUGUCAUGGGGGUUUGCAUGUGUGUUAACAGGGCCAAGUGUAUCUGCCAUCGGGUACGACCCACAAGAAGAUUUCUGCGUGGAAAAAUGGAUAAAUUGGUAUCCAUCACAAGCUCAUGUUGCAUUUGUUUUCACCGUCAAUUGCGCGAUUCCGAUCGUAACGAUGACGCUGUUGUAUUUAAGAAUCAUCUACAAACUGUGGCGAAACGAAGAUGCGAUUACAAACUCGGUUCAACUUGCAAGACUCAAGUCACGCAAACGCGUGACAGUCAUGCUCAUCAUUGUAACAGUUGUUCACACCAUGUGUUGGUCUCCGAACUAUGUUUUGUAUUUACUGAUAUUCCACGCGCCAGGAUUUUACUACGGCUCCACAACUUACAUUAUAACUGUUCUGUUAAUUCUACUGAACGCGGCUGCUGACCCGCUUUUGUACACUUGGUACAUGGAUGGGUUUAGGAGGGGUAUACAGAACAUGCUUUGUCGUUGUCAUGGAGACAGAAUUCACGUAAUAGGUAUCUCGGGUAGAAGAACCGCCAAUACACCUGACCAAGUUGGCUUUUCUGUCACCACAGAACCAAAUAAUGGGAAAGUUAAUAAUAAAAGCACAUUUUGA